UCUCUCUUCGCUCUCGCUCUCAUUCUUCAAAAAUCCCAUCUUUUGGCUUUUUGCUUCUCUCUGUUGAAGAACCCUAACCCGACGCCGCCGCCGCCCGGAACCUCGGAUUCAGCGCAAUCCCGGCUUCGCCCUCGCCGGGAUCCGCUUCUAAAGGUUAACAUCAUCCUUAUUCUUGCCUGUUGGUGUGUUGUCCCAUUACGUUCAGGAAUUUGUUUGAGGUAACACAGAUCUUCAAGGUUUGGUUUACUUUCUUAUUCUGGAGUAAAAUCUUGCCUCUUCAUGUCAUCAACAUCUGCUGACCAUCAGAUUUUCAGCUUCGUUUCUGAAGAGUAGACUUGCUUAAGUAGCAUUUUUCGAACUUCUUCAGAGAUGGACCGUUGUGAUACAUCAGGUUUUGUUAGUGGUGGUUGCAAGCACUCUCACAGUGUCCUCUAAUCCAAUUUAAUUCAUUUAUCUGAUUAAUUUAUUAGUCCCAGUCAACUGGUUUUUUUCAUUAGACAUUGUUAGGAAUAAGAGCUUUUGCUACUAAUGGUCGGGGACCGACCGGGUGCUGUUUAUAUACUGUCUUCUGAUGCUUGUGGAAAUCGGAACAAAAUUCUAUCAGGAUCUGAGUUUGGUACAGAUACAACAUUAAGGCUUAAUUCUCCUGGCACUGCCACCCUGUUUGAUUCCACUUUGAAUGGCACCAAGCGGAAGAGGGAUGCUAUCAAUAAAGUGGAGGGUUCGGCACAUCAUUCUUUACUGUUUCUUGGUUUAGGACCUUCACCUAGCUCCUCUGAUAAUAGCAAGGGGAGCUCAUUAACCGUCUCUUCAAUGUCUUCAGCGAAGGAAAUUGAUGAGGGAUCAUCUAUUGAUCUAGAUUUGAAUUUUGAUCUUCAUCUUGACAAUGAGAAUAUGGCGGGCAUAACAGAUUUUGCAGCUGCUCCAAAUGGAACAGGACUGCAGUUUGACUUGCAAUUAAGUCUUUUGACAGGUACAACCAAUUCUGGUAUGACUAGUCUCAGUCCCAUCUCAAAACAAUGUCAAAAUAUCUUGGAGGCAUCAGCGGAGAUUAGUCCACUGCCAACAGCAGAAGAAGGUUCAGUUUCAUCAGCUCAACUGAAAUUUGGGAAUUGUCUGCUCCAAUCUUCAGGCACAACAUGGAGAACUAGCAUGUUUGCUCCUGACCUGAAUGCUCCAGCCACUGUCGAGACAGUUCCAGCUAUACCAGAGGAAAACCCAGUUGCCUGUGCUUCCGAGAUCGCUCUUAGACAACAACGCAACACUAACACAAAAAAUUGUCAGUUUUUGGGAUGUGGAAAAGGAGCCAGAGGUGCGUCUGGGUUAUGCAUAGCUCACGGAGGUGGAAGAAGGUGCCAAAAGAUUGGAUGCCACAAGGGAGCCGAGGGAAAGACCAUUUACUGCAAAGCUCAUGGAGGUGGCCGACGGUGCCAAUUCCUUGGGUGCACGAAAAGUGCUGAAGGCAGGACAGAUUACUGCAUUUCUCAUGGUGGUGGCCGUCGUUGUUCUCAUGAAAGUUGCACCAAAGCUGCUAGAGGAAAGUCUGGUUUGUGCAUCAGGCAUGGAGGUGGCAAGAGGUGUCAGAAAGAGAAUUGCACUAAGAGCGCGGAAGGCUACUCCGGCCUUUGUAUCUCUCACGGAGGUGGUAGGCGUUGUCAAUUUCCAGAGUGCACCAAAGGGGCUCAAGGAAGCACGAAAUUCUGCAAGGCGCAUGGAGGGGGCAAGAGGUGUACAUUUCCGGGUUGUGAUAAGGGGGCUGAAGGAAGCACUCAAUUUUGCAAAGGGCAUGGUGGAGGAAGGAGAUGCUCAUUCGAGGGUGGUGGUGUCUGCCCGAAAAGUGUUCAUGGUGGAACUCAAUUUUGUGUUGCACAUGGUGGCGGGAAAAGGUGUACAGCCCCUGAAUGCACCAAGAGUGCGAGAGGACGGACAGAGUUUUGUGUGAGGCAUGGUGGAGGCAAGAGAUGCAAGUCUGAUGGAUGUGGGAAAAGCGCGCAAGGGAGCACUGAUUUUUGCAAGGCACAUGGUGGAGGCAGGCGUUGUUCGUGGGGUCAGGCGGGUUCGAUCUUUGAAAUUGGUGGUGCACCAUGUGAGAGGUUUGCCCGGGGGAAGACUGGCUUGUGUGCGGCACACAGUGCUUUGGUGCAAGAUCAGUGUGUUCAUGGUGGAGGAUCAAUGGAGAUGGCACCGCCAUGCGCUGAACUUUUGACAACUGUUAAGCCCGAGAAGCCGAAAGACGCUUUGCUAAUGAAUCAUGCUGAUGGUUUCUCAGGAUUGAACAAUUCUGAGGAAAAGAUGUUGGUGAUGCCUUCUCCAAUCACUCUCCAGACUACAAUGGCUUCACUUCCUGAAGGGAGAGUGCAUGGAGGGAGCAUGAUGGCUAAGCUUUUUGGUUGUGCAACGGUGCAGGCUCUUUGGAUGUAGGCUCAAAGACUGGAACUUUCAAUGCUUUUGAAUGGCGUUUUAGUUCCAGUCUUUUUAUUUGGAAGUGAGGAAGUUAGUUUUUCUCAUUCAUUGGUAGUGUCGGGUAUGAUUUAUAUAUAAGCUUUGUAAAAAUAAUAAGUUCUUGGAAAGGAUAAGUUUAGUUCAGGCUUGUGGUCGGUUUCUGUUUAGUGAUUCAUAGAUGAAAUGUAUGCAUAGGGUGAUUACAUAUAAUUUCUUACUAAAUAUAAUCGUCUAUUACUAGAAU